UGGAAGAGCGAGAGCUUUGGGAAGAAUGAUCCAUCCAUGGCGGUACAACGAUAGUCUCGCCUCACAGACGCCACUCUCGUCUCGUCUCGCUCUCUCCUUGAUGAUAGCAGCAGUCCAGGCAGGUAGCGCUGCGCUGCAUGACGUUGUUAGCUACAAUGGAAUUCUUUCGACAAGCUCGUCUUUAUCGUCAGUAGGCCGCACAGGCCAUGUCCUGCAUUAGGAAGUUAGUCUCGUCCGGGUGACGUACACCGAAAUGACUUGGACUUCCCCUCCACUGCCAGAUAGCGGCAGACGGUCCUUCGCCGAGGACUACAGACCAGACAGUCUUUGCUGAAACGGAGCGAGCUUGCCUGCUUUAGUACUUGGUAUAUGGCGUCCCGCAGGUCACGGGGACUCUCCAGACCGACAGCAUCGCAGCCGUAUGACACGUACUCGUCUAGAGGAAAGCCAUUUCGUCCCAGCGCCCAGUUUGCUCCCUCCUUCACCAAUAUCGAGUUUGAAGUUGUAAAGGAGUACCAGGGUGACAUCCGGAAGCCCAAGUGGCUUAUAUCGGAGACAGGAGAGACGUACUCGUUUGAAGUCCAGAGGGACGGAUUGCGGCACGAGGAGGUGGAGGUGGUAUUCGAACGCGUUGAGUCCAGUGCACCUGGACGUUCGGCCUCGUCUUGCGCGAAAGCCUGCGCAAAUGGGGGUUUUCCUGUGCAGCAUGCAGAGCAAAACGGCGCACGGGGAGCCUGCGGAGCUGGGGGAGAGAUACCUUCCGCCGACAUAGACGGGAAGCUGUGCCUCGAACGUGCACUUUUGACCAUUUUCUGCUCUCGGCACUGCGAGCGCUCGCUGCUGCCUGCACCGCGAGGCGCAGACUCCUUCUGCGGUAGUGGCGGUAGCAGCUGCAGCAGCAUCCAUUCGUCGAUAUCUAAUCCGUGGAGGUUCGGGUGCCGGUUCAAGUUACCUUUUGACGCGAGUCCGGAGCGCGCGACGGCGGCCCACUCCGUCGGCUCGCUGACGGUAACGGUCCCGAGGCUGUCCUGGUCGAGCCCGUGGCUGCGCGUGCCGCACAUCCGCUGGGGCGCCUGGAGCAUGCAGAUCGCGUCGACGCCGCCGCAGCAUCAGGCGUUGGAUGCGGCGGACAAUGCGGCGUUGUUCGCGGGCCGUUUUGGCAGGGACUGUAGCUGUAGCAUCAGCAGCUGUGGCGGAACGGGUUCGUACGGCUCCCAAGGGUCGGUGUCAGGAACUGCAGGGUCGUCCGUAACAGGCGGAAGCGCGUUGCCGUGUGUAGCGGGCAGGAUUUUUUCUCCGCCUCAGCCCAGCACGGCAUGCGGCGGAGCUUGUUCUUCCGCGUCCUCGUCAGGGGAAUCCGGCGGAAGGGGAACAUGGGGAGCUGCGGAAGGAUGGAUGGGCGCAGGGGGAGCGGGGUCUUCUGAAUCCGCGUCUGGGGAAACAGGCGGAAGGGGAAUGUGGGGAGGUGCGGGGGAAGGCAGGGGCACAGGCGAAUUUUAUCAGUUGCAGAGCGGGUUACAACAACCUUCGCAGAAUAGAUGGUCACCGGAGGCAGCAAGGACUACCACCUCAUUUGAGUCAGGCGGCGAUGAUGAUUGCAUGGAAAUGUGAUCCUAAUACCGUAACCCUGUUCCCAUUUAGUGUACAUCCCGUCCGGAACUGCUCACGUCACAGGAAGCGGCUGCAUAUGCAUUCACUCACUCAGCAGAUCGGCAAUAUUCAACCUGGCUUGACAGUCAUGCCGCAAGCAGUAAGAAGCAAUCCUGAGACUGAUCACGAGCUGUGUGGCUGUCCUCUGAACUACCUAGCUGUCGGUUUUCUGUCUAUCAGUAUUCCUAGUGCGUGAUGCGAUGUGAUGUGAUGUAGUGCUAUGCUGCAUGCAGGAGAAGGACCGGCUCCACCACAUGUCAACAGCAGCACUUGAUUUCUCUCAUGCCAUCAGAUGGAAUAUGCUA